AUGAGCCAUAGUGUCAAGAAGACAUUUUAUUCUACAGAAUCCUUUACAGGAAGUAAUCUCAUUAGUGGGCACUCUGCCAAAACACCCACUCAGGCCUGUUCAAUUCAUUAUGGAGGGACCUGUAAAAUGCAUAAUGCGGGAUUAUCUGGGACCUUCAUUAACCAUGGGGUAUCAGGAGGCUCAAAGCAUUGUUUGAGGCAAGGGUUUGAAUAUGGACAUUUAUAUGGCAAAGACUUUGAAAAACAUAAUGGUUGGAAGAAUGAUGGAUUUUUUUAUAUUAAUGAAAAGGAAACCAUGCAGCUUCUAAACAAUCGUUUGGCAUCAUAUAUGGAAAAGGUGCACAGACUUCAGGAGGAGAACAGCAAACUGGAAACGGAAAUCAAAGAAUGGUACAAUAAAAAUACUCCUAACACAUUUCCUGAUUUCAGCAACUACUUCAGGAUUAUUGAAGAAAUGCAAAAUAAGAUCUCUGAAGAUACUGUGGAUAAUGCUAAGCUGGGACUGUAUGCAGACAAUGCCCGUCUGGCAGCAGAUGACUUCCAAAACAAGUAUGAUAUGGAGCUUGCAUUCCGACACACUGUAGAGGGAGAUUUAAAUAGCUUACGCAGAGAUCUCGAUAGUCUAACUCUUGAGAGAUGUGACCUAGAACUUCAGCUUGAAAAUCUCCAAGAAGAUAUGGUUCAUCUGAAGAAGAAUCAUGAUGAGGAUUUAAACAGUAUACGUACCAAACUGGGAGCCCGGGUAAAUGUGAAAGUUGAUGCUGCGCCUGCAGUGGAUCUUAAUAAAGUAUUAACUGAAAUCCGAGAUGAAUAUGAAAAGUUAAUGGAAAGGAAUAUAAAGGAUGUCGAGGCUUGGUUUAUCAGUAAGAGUGAAGAACUAAACUCACAAGUGGUUUCAGGAUCUGAGCAGUUACAGUCAGUGAAAUCUGAAGUCACUGAUUUGAGACGCACCUUCCAAUCACUAGAGAUUGAUUUACAAGCUCAACUGAAUACUAAAUCUGCUCUUGAAGAUACUUUGAUGGAGACAGAGGCUACUUAUGGUUCACAGCUUGCACACUUACAGAGUCUAAUAAACAACACUGAAGCUCAGCUUUCUCAACUCAGACAUGACCUGGAGAUUCAGAACCAUGAGCACAAGAUAUUAAUGGAUGUGAAGACACGUCUGGAAAUGGAAAUAUCAACAUAUAGACGAUUGUUAGAAGGAGAAGACAAGAGCAUUUCAUGGUCACAUUCUUCUGGAGGCAAAGGAUUUCAAAAUGGCUUAAAAGUUGUUUCCAUCACAGAGGAGAUUGAAAAUGGAAAGAUUGUGUCGACACAUGAACAAAUCCACCAAUUAAAAUGUUAA